GCACCGUUCGCCAGAACGUUCAAAAGAUACCUACCUCCUCCUAGGGAUCCAACGCGUGCUCAGUUAUAUACAGUCGUGGAAACAGCUCCGAAAGAGAGAGUAUACUCGCGUCUAAAUAAAAUUCAAAUAAAAUAAGCACACAUGUGUAUUCCAACUUCAUGACGGAACCGGAACACGUUGUGUGACAUAUACAAAAAAAAAAACAAAAGAAUACUACAAAAAUUCCAGUGAGAACGUUCCAAUUGAGGUUUCAUUUUUUUGAAAAAUACUAGUAUUUCUCAACCCGCGUCGCACACAUGACCACCGCUCUGACAAUGGUGAAAACAGGAGGUAAAUACGCCAACGAGAAAUUCUUCGGCGUGAGGCAUGUUCAAUGCAUCCUCUGCUUCUUCUGCCUGGCGAUGUGCUACGCAUGGCGGGUGAACCUCAGCGUGGCUCUGGUGGCCAUGACCGAGCCGCAGUCUAGGAAUGCCACUGAGAAUGAAACUGCCACCGCAACGCCAGACGACGAUAGCGACGAUUUUGACCUAUUCGAUGCUGAGUACUAUCAGUUCACCGAAAGCCAGAAGUCGUACAUGCUUAGCAGCUUCUUCUGGGGCUACAUCGUGACCCAGGUGCCUGGCGGUUACAUUGCCCAGCGGUAUGGGGCCAAGAUGCUGCUGCUCGCUGGUUUGGCAGCCGCCGGUAUCCUGACCAUCAUCUCACCGCUCUCCCUCAAACUCGGCGGCUGGACGGCUCUGUGUGCGGUUCGCUUCACGAUGGGUCUUACCCAGGGCGCAGUGCACCCGGCCACGCAUGCCCUGCUCUCCAAGUGGUCGCCGGCCAACGAACGUGGCAUGCUGGGAACCAUCUGCUAUUCGGGCGCACAAUUCGGAACGGUGGUGAUGCUGGCCACGAGUGGAUUCAUUGCCGACUCCUUCAUGGGAUGGCCGAGUAUCUUCUACUUGGGUGGAGCCUGCGGCUUCGUGUGGAUCGUCUUCUGGUACGUGUUCUCGUCCAGCACGCCGGAGGAGCACCGCUUCAUCUCGCCGGAGGAACUCAAGUUUAUCGAGGAGUCGCGCAGCGAUGGUAAGAUGCAGUCGGCCGAUAAUCUGGCGCCGACUCCCUGGAUACCCAUCUUCACCUCGAUGCCGUUCCUAUCGCUGCUGGUGGUGCACUGCACGCACAUGUUCGGCUUCUGGACGCUGCUCACCCAGAUCCCCAGCUACAUGAAGAACAUCUAUGGCAUUGACAUCAAGGAGAGCGCUCUACUCUCCUCCCUGCCCUACGCUGUGAUGCUGCUGCUCAGCUUCUUCUUCGUUUGGCUGUCCAAGGUGCUGCAGAGGAACAAGUCGUUGUCGCUGUCCUUCAACCGCAAGUUCUUCAACAGCAUCGGCCACUGGAUACCUAUGUGCUCACUCAUUGCCCUGGGCUACGUGCCGAAGGAGGAUAACCUACUGGCCGUGGUCCUGCUUACCCUCACCGUGGGCAUCAGCGCUGCCACCUACCUGGGUUUCCAGGUAAACCACAUCGAUCUGUCGCCCAACUAUGCCGGCACGCUGAUGGGCCUUACAAAUGGGGCGGCCAACAUAAUGAGUGGCAUCGCGCCUCUUGUUGUCGGUCAGAUCGUCCAAGAUCCGAAAAAUGUAAAUGACUGGCGUCUGGUGUUCUUCCUGGCCGCCGCCGCCUACUUCAUCGGCAACCUGCUCUUCGUGGUCUUUGGACGAACGGAGGUCCAGUGGUGGGACUCGCCAGAGCAGACGGUGGACGAUGUGGAGCAGGGAGUGCCACUGUCGCCGAAUGGCCAAGACAAGCGCUAAGUCUGGGUAACCACCACAUGAUAGGGGCAUGGCAUGAUAAAGUCAUAGCUGUUGUUUCAUAGUUUUUAGUCGUAGUCAAUUAGUUAGGAACAAGACCAUAAUGACGAUCGCGUGCUUCCAUUAGCGAUAUUAUACGAUAAUUGUUUAAUUCUAAGGCGGCGUAAAUUAUUGUUUGCAGUAUUUUUCCAUAAUGUACAUAAUCUAAAGCUAAAAUCCAAUUAAACUUGCAACACGAGAAAAAGUUCAGUGUAAAUAGCGAAGUAGCCCAGAACAUAGUUGUAUUUGCUGCUAAAAACAAACUCUAGUAAUUGUUAUGUUUAGUAUUUAAGCUAGGAAUAAACUUAAAACCAACUUGUGAUGCACGAAAAGUGAACUAAAAAGGCAAAAAAAAAUCAAUGAAGACAUUCAAAGCCAUUUAAUAAAACAGCUCAAGUCGAAGCUGAAAGUCAAAUCGUACCGAAA